AUGACUGAUGGGUCACGUUCGGACGUGGGGCGAUGGGGUGGAAACUCCUGGCAGCCCAGCGUCACCCCUUCUCCAGAGCCAGAACCAGAUACCCGCUCUAGAGGGUCAGGUCGCUCUUUCUGGGCCCGAUGUUGCAGCUGCUGUUCCUGUAGAGGUGGAGCUGCUGAUGAUGAUUGGGGCCCAGAGCCUGCAGGCCCCCGAGGGUCAGGAUCUCGGGGCUCGGGCCGUCCAGGCUCCCGAGGGUCAGGAUCUCGGGGCUCUGGUCGCCCUGGCUCCCGAGGCAGCGCAGUCAAUGGAGCAGGCGAUGGUGUCAUCCGAGAUGGCAUGCUGGUGGUGACCGGGGUGGAUCUGAUGAGUAGGCGCUCUGAUCAGAACCGGCGGGAACACCACACGGAGGAGUAUGAAUAUGAUGACCUCAUCAUUCGACGAGGGCAGCCUUUCCACCUCACUGUCAGCCUGUCCCGGCCCUACUCAUCUUCAGACAAGAUGGCCCUUGAGCUGCUUAUCGGUGCAAACCCUGAAAUAGGCAAAGGUACACAUGUGAUCAUCCCUGUGGGCAAGGGAGGCAGUGGAGGCUGGAAGGCCCAGGUGAUCAAGUCGAAUGGGCAGCAUGUGGACCUGAAGGUUCAUGUUUCCUCCAAUGCCAUCGUGGGCAAGUUCCGCUUUACUGUCCGAACCCGAACUGACGCAGGAGAGUUCCAGAUGCCUUUUGAUCCCCGAAAUGAGAUCUAUAUCCUCUUCAAUCCUUGGUGUCCUGAUGACCCUGUGUAUGUGGAACACGAAGACUGGCGACAAGAGUAUGUGCUCAAUGAGUCUGGUCGAAUUUACUAUGGCACGGAGGCACAGAUUGGAGAGCGCACCUGGAACUAUGGCCAAUUUGACCAUGGUGUACUGGAUGCCUGUCUCUACAUCCUGGACCGGCGGGGAAUGCCAUAUGCAGGGCGGGGGGACCCUGUUAGUGUCUCUCGUGUCAUUUCUGCCAUGGUGAAUUCUCUAGAUGACAAUGGGGUAUUGAUCGGAAACUGGUCUGGAGAUUACUCCAGAGGCACUAAUCCGUCCGCUUGGGUGGGCAGCGUAGAGAUCCUCCUGAGUUACCUUCGAACGGGUUAUUCUGUCCCAUAUGGCCAGUGCUGGGUUUUUGCUGGUGUCACCACCACAGUGCUCCGAUGCCUCGGUAUUGCCACCAGGACUGUCACUAACUAUAACUCAGCACAUGACACUGACACCUCACUCACCAUGGACAUUUAUUUUGAUGAAAACAUGAAGCCACUAGAACACCUGAACCACGAUUCUGUCUGGAACUUUCACGUCUGGAACGAUUGUUGGAUGAAACGGCCAGACCUGCCCUCAGGCUUUGAUGGCUGGCAGGUGGUGGAUGCCACCCCCCAGGAAACCAGCAGUGGCAUCUUCUGUUGUGGUCCCUGCUCAGUGGAGUCUAUUAAGAAUGGCCUGGUCUAUAUGAAGUAUGACACACCUUUCAUCUUUGCUGAGGUGAACAGUGACAAAGUCUAUUGGCAACGGCAGGAUGACGGCAGCUUCAAGAUUGUCUAUGUGGAGGAGAAGGCAAUUGGGACCCUCAUCUGUACUAAAGCCGUUGGCUCCAACAUGAGGGAGGAUGUUACUCACAUCUAUAAACAUCCUGAAGGGUCUGAUGCAGAAAGGAAGGCAGUAGAGACAGCAGCAUCUCAUGGCAGCAAACCCAACGUAUAUGCAACCCGGGACUCAGCUGAGGAUGUGUCAGUGCAAGUGGAAACACAGGAUGCAGUGAUGGGACAAGACCUUGUAGUCAGUGUGGUGCUGACCAACCGUGGAAGCAGUCGUCGUACUGUAAAAUUACACCUCUACCUCUCUGUCACCUUCUACACUGGUGUCACUGGCCCUGUCUUCAAAGACAGCAAGAAGGAGGUGGCGGUGUCCCCUGGAAGCUCUGAGCGUGUGUCACUGCCUGUGGCCUAUUCAGAGUACCGGCCACAUCUGGUGGAUCAGGGAGCUAUGCUGCUGAACGUGUCAGGUCAUGUCAAAGAAAAUGGGCAGGUGUUAGCCAAACAACACACCUUCCGCCUUCGAACCCCUGACCUCUCCCUCACGGUAUUGGGGGCAGCAGUGGUUGGUCAAGAGACAGAGGUACAAAUUAUCUUCAGGAACCCACUGCCUGUCACUCUCACCAAAGUGGUCUUCCGCCUGGAGGGCUCUGGACUCCAGAGGCCCAAGGUUCUCAAUGUUGGUGACAUUGGGGGCAAUGAAACAGUGACGCUACGUCAAACAUUUGUGCCUGUGCGGCCAGGUCGACGGCAGCUCAUCGCCAGCUUGGACAGCCCCCAGCUCUCCCAGGUGCAUGGCGUCAUUGAGGUAGACGUGGCCCCGGCUUCUGGUGGGAGCCUCUUCUCUAGUGACCGGGGUAGCAGCCGCUCUGGGGAAAAUGUCCCUAUGGAGCCACGAGGAGGAGCCUAACCUUGAAACAGGAAUGGGACAGAAGCAAUAGGAGCAUGGACACUUCACUGAAGCAGGGGGUUGGCACAAAGAGGACACUUUGUGGCCUAGGAAGGAAGGCCUGGGGGCCUGGGGUGGGAUCCAACUUUCAUACACAUUGCAUGGCACUGA